AUGCAUUGUGAGAGGUUUAUAUGCAUCCUGAGAAUUCUUGGAACGACCCUAUUCGGAGUAUCUCUUCUGCUGGGAAUUUCAGCUGCUUAUAUCGUGGGCUACCAGUUUAUCCAAACAGACAACUAUUAUUUCUCCUUUGGGCUCUAUGGUGCUAUUCUGGCAUCCCACCUUAUCAUCCAAAGCUUAUUUGCCUUUCUGGAGCACCGUAAAAUGCGCCGAUCCCUCGAGACGCCAAUCAAGCUGAACAAAACUGUUGCCCUUUGCAUUGCUGCCUACCAAGAAGACCCAGACUACUUAAAGAAAUGUUUACUUUCCGUGAAGAGGCUCACCUACCCUGGAAUUAAGUUGAUUAUGGUAAUCGAUGGGAAUUCUGAAGAUGAUGUUUACAUGAUGGACAUCUUUAGUGAAAUCAUGGGCAGGGAUAAAUCUGCGACUUACAUCUGGAGGAAUAACUUUCAUCAGAGAGGCCCCAACGAGACGGAAGAGUCCCAUAGAGAAAGCAUGCAACAUGUCACUCAGCUGGUCCUGUCCAACAAGAGUGUCUGCAUCAUGCAAAAAUGGGGUGGAAAAAGGGAAGUCAUGUACACAGCCUUCAAAGCACUGGGGAGAAGCGUGGAUUAUGUGCAGACCCUGGAGCUAGAUAUCACCAGCCUGCAUCGAAUCUCAACCCAUGACCUGGAUCGGCUACUGGCAGAGUUCAUGGACGUCUACGUUGGGGGCCUAGGUGGUGACAUACAGAUUUUGAACAAGUACGAUUCAUGGAUCUCCUUUCUCAGCAGUGUCAGGUACUGGAUGGCCUUUAAUAUUGAACGAGCGUGCCAGUCCUACUUUGGCUGCGUGCAGUGUAUCAGUGGACCCUUAGGGAUGUACAGGAACUCCUUACUCCACGAAUUUGUGGAAGAUUGGUACAACCAGGAAUUCAUGGGCUCUCAGUGUAGCUUUGGAGACGAUCGGCAUCUCACCAACAGGGUCCUAAGCCUGGGCUAUGCAACGAAGUACACCGCUCGAUCCAAGUGCCUUACGGAAACGCCCAUCGAAUAUCUCAGAUGGUUGAACCAGCAGACCCGUUGGAGUAAGUCCUAUUUCCGUGAGUGGUUAUACAACGCCAUGUGGUUCCACAAGCAUCACUUGUGGAUGACCUACGAGGCGGUCAUCACAGGGUUCUUUCCCUUUUUUCUCAUUGCCACUGUCAUACAACUUUUCUACCGGGGGAAACUGUGGAACAUCCUUCUCUUCUUGUUGACUGUCCAACUUGUUGGCCUCAUCAAGUCUUCCUUUGCGAGCUGCCUUAGAGGGAACAUUGUCAUGGUGUUUAUGUCCCUUUACUCAGUGUUGUACAUGUCAAGUUUACUUCCCGCCAAGAUGUUUGCAAUCGCCACCAUAAACAAGGCAGGAUGGGGCACAUCUGGCCGAAAAACUAUCGUGGUCAAUUUCAUAGGACUCAUCCCCGUGUCUGUUUGGUUUACAAUCCUUCUAGGCGGGGUUAUUUUCACCAUAUACAAGGAAUCUAGGAAGCCAUUUUCCGAAUCAAAACAGACAGUGCUGAUCAUUGGCACAAUACUUUACGCCUGCUACUGGGUGAUGCUUUUGACUUUAUAUUUAGCUCUUAUCACUAAAUGUGGCCGGCGGAAGAAGGAACAACAAUACGACAUGGUGCUUGAUGUGUGAUUUCACCAGCAUGGACAUUUUCUUGUUGUUGUUGUUUCAUCUUUGCUGCCCUUA